CCCCUUGUAGUCUCCAAAUCCUACACUUGCCACCACAACAGAAGUCUAAGCUAAUGGCAACCUCCGGCAUCCAACAAUCUGCUUUCUCCGGCCAAACAGCUUUGAAGCUGUCCAAUGAGCUCCUCCGCAUGGUCGGUGGCGGCGGUGGCGGCCGCGUUUUCAUGCGAAGAACCGUCAAAAGCGUCCCCACCAGUAUCUGGUAUGGCCCUGACCGCCCUAAGUACUUGGGUCCAUUCUCCGACCAAAUCCCAUCAUACCUGACCGGUGAAUUCAAUUGCAUCAGAAAUUGUAGUCGAGCUAUUAAUUUUUGGGACCAAUUUGCAUUUAUAUUUCAAUUGCAUCAGAAAUUUGUAGUUGAACUAUCUAUUUUAAUUUUUGGGACCAAUUUGCAUUUAUAUUUCAACUGUAUCAGAAAUUGUAGUUGA